GUGUACCGGGUUCAGCGGACAAAUGUCUUGCUCUUUUUAAUGGGCGGUAAGUUGCCAGGCGCGUAGAUAUUGAAAUAAAAACUAAAAGAGGACUUCAGAAUGGAACCGUAUUGUUUGUAAUAGGUGGAAGUCGAACAUACGCUGCUGUGGAGGUAUUUUAAUAGACGCUAAGAGAGCAGACAGCAGAAUUCUCAUCAUAUCGACGCGUCUCGUUUCGCCGGCAUCUUUCAGUCGCUAACGAUGAAAAUAGCUAGCUGAGCUGAUUGACUCAAGUGGAAUUCGUGCUUGUGUGCGAGCUUCACGGUUGUGUUAGUGGUGCAAAGUGUGCGUUGUACGCCAAGUGAAAGCCGUCGGCUUUAAUAGAGGCACGUGGUGACGUAGUAGUCAGGACUCGCGAUAUAAAGGUGAUUCAGCCUUUGGUUAGUACAGGGUCAAGCUGUUCGGGAGAGCUGGACACAUGAUGCACCAGCAGGGCUCGUUGAUGCCCUCUUUGCUCAGUGGUGUAUUCUGCCAGUGCCGGUCGACAGACGCACAUCCAGGGGCCGACCCUGGUGGUGGAGGCAGGGUUCCCCCCUCCGUCCCUCCCUCGGCAGCAUCACCAUCUAAACCAGUAACCCAACAGUCAGCGUCCGGCGUGUGGCACACCGACGAAGGAGACCAUCCAUGUGACAUAUGUGGGGGUUCGGAGCAGGAGCACAGACUCAAAGUGCUCUUCCAGGUCCUGGAUGUGAACGGGGAUGGAGGCAUCUGUGUGAACGACUUGACCAUUGGGCUAAAGAAGUUAGGAGUACAUCGCACUGAACAUGAGCUCAUGAAAAUAGUGAAAGCUGGAGACAAAGACCUGGAUGGACAGUUAGACUUUGAGGAAUUUGUCCAUUAUCUCAGAGACCAUGAGAAGAAACUCCGACUGGUCUUCAAGAGUUUGGACAGGAAGAAUGAUGGUCGAAUUGACUCACAAGAAAUCAUGCAGUCUCUGCGUGACCUGGGAGUGAACAUCUCUGAGGAACAGGCAGAGAAGAUUCUUAGAAGUAUGGAUAAAAAUGGAACAAUGACCAUUGACUGGAAUGAAUGGCGGGACUACCACCUCCUGCAUCCAGCUGACAACAUCCCUGAGAUUAUUCUUUAUUGGAAACACUCCUCGAUCUUUGAUGUAGGGGAGAGUCUGAUGGUUCCUGAUGAGUUCACAGCAGAGGAGAAGAAAAUGGGUAUGCUAUGGCGACACCUAGUGGCUGGAGGAGGGGCUGGUGCAGUGUCUCGAACUUGCACAGCACCAUUGGACCGUCUCAAAGUUCUCAUGCAGGUUCACUCCUCCAAGAGCAACAGUAUGCGUAUCGCUGGUGGCUUUGCUCAGAUGAUCCGAGAGGGCGGUACAAGGUCUCUGUGGCGAGGCAACGGUAUCAACGUCCUCAAAAUUGCCCCCGAGUCUGCAAUAAAGUUUGUGGCUUAUGAACAGAUUAAGCGACUGAUUGGAAGUAACCAGGAGACGUUGGGCAUCACAGAGAGACUAGUGGCUGGCUCUCUGGCUGGAGCGAUCGCUCAGAGCAGCAUAUACCCCAUGGAGGUCCUGAAGACACGGUUAGCCCUGAGGAAGACAGGUCAAUACUCGGGCAUCCAAGAUUGUGCUAAACAUAUCUUCCAGAGGGAAGGCGUGGCAGCUUUCUACAAGGGCUACAUCCCAAACAUGCUGGGCAUCAUUCCCUAUGCUGGCAUCGACCUGGCUGUCUAUGAGACUCUGAAGAAUUCGUGGUUGCAGCACUACGCUACAGAUAGUGCUGAUCCAGGAGUGUUUGUGCUACUCGCAUGUGGCACUACUUCCAGCACAUGUGGACAGUUGGCCAGCUACCCACUUGCUCUGGUCAGGACUCGAAUGCAAGCACAAGCUUCUCUUGGGGGAGGCCCUCAGAUGAGCAUGACAGGACUGUUCAGACACAUUAUUAGGACUGAGGGACCAAUAGGACUCUACCGAGGACUGGCACCCAACUUCAUGAAGGUCAUUCCAUCUGUCAGCAUCAGCUACGUGGUCUACGAGUACCUGAAGAUCACGCUGGGAGUCCAGUCAAAGUGACCAAGGAGGCAGACAGAAGAAAAUAAGUGGCCAAAGGUUUUUUUUGUUUGUUUGUUUGUGGUCUGAAAUGACCAGCUACAGUUCAACAUAUUUCAGUGCAGAAAAUGAAGGACAAAGCUGAGAUGUGUGAUUUGAAGAGAGAAAAAACUUGACUGAGGUCAUGUCUGUCAGUUGUUCUCUUAAGCUUUCUUUUAGCAGCUCGGUGGUAUUUCAGCACCUGUGAGUCUUAGUUUAACAAAUGUUUACAUGACUCUAAAUUACUGCUAGAACUGGAACAUGUCCCUGCUGCUGAGUACUGUGAAAGGAACAGUCCUGCGUCUCUGUGGAAAGGAAGAAUCUUGAUCUUGGUGGGCUUUGCUCAGUCAUGACACUAUAUCUUCAUAUAGCUGACAGCAUAUGAUAUCAUACGCUAUCAGCUUUGUCUGUGAAGCUGUAACUGGAUUUAAAACGGUAGAUAAAUGGUUGAUUUGGCUGCAUUAAAACAGAAAUGAUACAAACAAGAGAAACUAGUUUACUUUAAGCUAAAAUCAGUAUAUAAUGAAAUAAAGGAUUAAUGUGAUUAGGGCCAUUCUAGCAAAAACUAAUUACAGAACCAAGGGAAGCGUUCACCAUCUCUGAGAUUAAAGUAAUAAGCAUUAAAAUAGGCUUAAAAUAGUUAUUAUCGAUGUCCUAUGAAGAGAUAUUGCUGUAAACAGAGGAAACCAACUCAGACAGUGUGAAACUUGUUUGCUUUUUUUCACCUGUUAGUGUGUCAUUCAUAUUAUAAAAGAUGGGAAUAGCUGCUGCGACUUGAGCCAUUCGUUAGUGAAGUCUCGAUCUGAUCCCUGAGCUGAGAAUUUUUUUUAUUUUUUUUUUUCCAUUGGCAUCUUGGUGUUUUGAAACUUGAUGAACACAGGGUAAAUGUGACCAUACAUUCAGUGUCCAAGGACUUAGUGGACAUCCUGGAUAAGCUUCCUUUCUGACUCUUAGAAGUCAUCGUUAUUUACAAGUUAAGGUAAACUUCAUGUUGCAUUCAGUAUGACCUGAAGCCCAUAAAGGAAAGUGUUUAGUGAGGUCACAUAAAAAGGGUGCUGAAGGCUGCUUUCCCAAAGACCUGUAAAUAACCACAAGUCUUUGCAGUCAGAAGAAUGAAGGAAAAGGCAUUAAAAAGAAGGCAGGUUUAAGGCACUUUAGCACUGACUUCACUUUUCAGACCAAGAAGCUGUGUCCAUAUGUCACCCCCACAGUAUCUUUUGUAUGAUUGAUGUGGUUUCUUGACAAAAGAGGAAAAAAAAACAGACCAUGAAUCUGUAACUUUGGUCUGAUCAUUUCUGAUGUGUGUAAAUUUUUUUUCUUUCUUUCUUUACCACUACAACCAUCGCGAAUAGUUAUUUUUCUUGUAUACUUGUCACUUCAGUCCAAGUUUUUUCCAUUUAAAAACAUUAUCCACUGUCAUUUGCAUCUGCUUUUUUUUUUUAUUUUUUUUUUUAAAUGUAGAAUGGCCCUAAUAAGAACUUUCAUAUGACUUUGCAAAGGAAUUUCACAGAAAAAUAGAAAAAAAAGGCUAUGAAACAGUAAUAGAACGAUCAUCUAGGGACUUGCUUCGACAUGCUGGAUAAAGAGCUCUGUUACAUUCACUCUAUGGUCAUAAACAGUGAGAUGGAAUCGUUUGUUUUUUGUAUUCAGUUUUGUUUUAAUUUCGGCAGAUCCAACAUGAUCUGACCAUAACAGACGUAUUAUGCAUAAUUCUGUUUUAAGGGAGAAAGAAGGCCACCACAGCAAACAAAACAGUGCUACAGGGAGAGUCACUGACCCAAGAAAUCAGCAUUGUUGAGCCACAAAGCAGUAAUGCCCAUGCAGUGAAAAGGUUUGCACUUAUAAUGCAAAUCUGAAACAACAGACCAUGUGCAUGGUUUUUCAAUUUUAAAAAUGCUUAAAGCAACAACUUUAUUGACUUACUCUCAGCUGAAGUUGAAACUGAAUGUUGUGUUAUCACACUAAUCUUAUUUUGCUAACACGUCCCAGAGCUCUGUUCGGGUGCUCAAAAGCUUCACCUCUCAAAACUGUAAUGGAAAUUGAUAAUUAUAAAUGAAAGUCAUGUUUCCAUUUUUGUAUAAACACUCCAUAAAAUAAGUGGUACGGCGCCCAGGCAGCACUCUCCACCUGACUGAUGUCUGUAUUAUAUGAUCAUCUCAAGAGUGCCUUGUGUUACACGCAUAAAUGCACCUGAACACUAUAGGAUGGCAUUCCUUUUUUACUUUAAAUGUAUUUACUACUGUAUUCGUUUAUUUUUACAGAGAAGUCAAGAUGAUUGACUGAAAUGGUGUGAAAUUGUUAUUUAGUGCUUUUGCUGUUUUCAGAGUACUAAUGAUAAUGGUGGCAGAAUUUUUAUUUUUGGCUUUAACAGACCUUCAGUUAUACAGAAGCCCAAAAUGUUUCAAAUGAAAACAGUGAAUAAAAUUGGAUAAAUGCUAAAUUGUUUAAAAUAUAUAUGUUGUAAUUCUAUAUAUUCAGUUUUCUAUUAGAUUUUUAUUUAAGUACAUGCAAUUUUUGCUUCAUUAAUUCUUUUAUUUUGUCAAUUAAGUCAGUGACAUCAAUCGUGUUAACAUACAGAAAAACAGCAAUGAAAACAUUUCUCUCUCCUUGGCAGUAAUAAAUAAAGCCGUGGAAGUGACUGAAUUAA